UUGGCUCUGAUUGGGAGCACAGUUUACAUAUUUGUAAUUUUCAGAACGAAGAUACAAAACAAUAAGAGUUAAUUUAGCUCCAUAACAAAUGUACUGCAAUACAUACAGAUAAGUCAUGAAUAAUUAUCGCGUUAGAUACUAACAGCUAUCAACUUAUCUGAGCAAACCAAGAAAGCCCAGACAAAGCCCAGAAUCAGUUAAAUGCUUGUCUUUUUUGUUUUUUCUUUUUGUUUGAUUUUGCUUGUUUCAAAUACUUCUGCAGAAAAUGCAGAAAAGUACUGCAAUCAGAAAUAAUUCAUGAAUUUAUUCAGUUAAGGCCUGAACUCAAAGUUUUAACAGAGAGAACAUAUUUAGAACUUAGUUAUAAUGAAUUCUCAAAUUGUAUUUCAGUUUGUUCCACAGAUGUAGAAUUGCAUAGACAUGGCAAGCUCACAAUCUAAUCUGAUGAAUGCCUUUUACUCAGUUGACAUUUUCAGUCCAAUAAAACAAAGGCAUGAGCUUGAAGUAAAGUCAGCAGGUUGUGUGAGCUCCUGAUGCUGUCUGACAGCGUUAGGCGGCUCAACAACAGGACUGCGGUUGUCUGACUGUAUAAAAGACACAAGAAUAAACUAGCAGAUGUUAGUAAUGUGUGUGAUUUGCAGGGUUACAGGGGAAGCAGAAAUAAACUCCUGGGUCAAUAUAUCAUUGUGGGGCUUUUUGUAACAUAGUUGACAGGUAUCAUAGUUGACAUUUUUGCUGUUUUCAGGCCAAAUAUCCUCAUGGGCACCUAUACAACCAAACACCACAUGGCAUUUACAGAGAAAGAUUCUUCUAAAAUAUUUUAUAUACAAUUUAGGAAAAUUCAAAUUGAAAGUUAUUUAUAAAGAUAUUGUAGUAAACCUGUUGACAUGCGAUAAAUCCACACUUGACUCACACAAUACUUUAUAUUAAAUAACUAGAAAGUCUUGGAGUCUUGUCAGUCUUUUCUUCAGGAGGAAAUGACAUCAUGAGGAGCAAGUCAUGUGAUCUGGAAUUAACACGCUCAGUUUGAGAGGUGGUUUUGUAAUGGGUAACUUACUUGAAAGUGAUUUCUCGGACACAUAUACAAUUUGUUAUUUUCCAUAUCAAAUUUGAUAUAUUGUCAAAAAGAAACAUCUGUCAUGAUUAUCUCAAUUUAAUAAAAAGAACACAAUCAAGCCAAUUUUUGAAGAAGCUCAUUUUAUUGUUGUUUAGCUAAUUAGAAGGUGGUUGUUAUUUAGUUGCCAUUUUAGUGAUAUCCGGUCUUUUUUUUUUUUUUAUAAAUAAGUGAUUGUUUCCAUAAUAAACAAGUAUGGAACUUACAAAGAACUUUUUUUUUUUUACUUUUAAGGAAAAUGCGUUUAAGAUAUAUCCCAUGGACUUCAAAGUCCCUCAAUUAUAUCUUGACUCUCCUGUUGCUUCUCCUCAGGGGCUGCUGUCGUGUUGCCGUGGCAACGGCCACAGCGUCAACAUGACCGCCGGAGAGACAAGCGGUGCGGAAAAGGAGCAGCCGAAACAGGAGCUGCUGCCUCCAGAACACAUCCAGGAGCUGCAGCAGAGCAGCGCCGAGCAGCUGCAAGCAGAACUGAAGAAGAUCCUGGGCUUCACAAACCAUCAGAUCUGCAUGAAGGAAGCUGUCCUGCUGGAUUACUAUGUCUGUGGUUUCUGGUGGGCUAAAGAGGCCAACUUUACUCCUACACAGGCCUCUUUCACCAUGGCUGUGCUGUACAAAGUGCUGGAUAACAUAAGAGAGAAACAGAUGAGUUUAGUGGACAACAUGGUGGAAUUUUCUAAAGCCCUAAGUGCUGCCUGCCGAUCUUCAACUUCAGAAGAAUCCACCUCUUCACUUCUAGAUAGCGAAGAGGCUGCAGCGCUCACACGUUUCAUCAGCAAUAGUCUUUUUCAGAAAUACAGACUCUAUCAGCUUCUUUUCACCACACCCAGAGAGGAGCUACUGACAGGCGUGGAGAAGACCAUUGAUGUGUUCUGUUGUCAGGAUCCUCUCACCCCGCUGGAGCAGGGCAUUUCCACCCACCUUUGCUUGCAGUAAUUGCCCUGUCUGCUAUUCAGUCUAAUGAAAAGUUGAUGCUGGGUGAAUGACUGGCAUGAAUUAAUAUUAAUUGCAGCCUGUGAUUGUUUAAUUCAUUACUUUACUGUACUGUUUGUAUAUGGAUCCAUGCUGUGUAUAACCAGUCCAUAGGUCUACAUAUCUGACCGUUUCUGUACCAAUCAAUCCAGUGGUAUGUAACAGAAACAACGAGAAGGUAACCACGUGCUUAGAUGUUCCUUCGCAAUAAAUGGGUUGCCUGUUGACAAAAAAACAAUAAUAAAACAACUCUUGUCUGAA